CGUGACAUUUGUCCCUGGACCAAAUCAUCCAUACCAAACAAAGUGGAAAAUAAUAAUAAAUGACAAAUAAAGUUGAAAAAAAAUAGAAAGAAAAUUGGCCAUGGGCCUUUUUUGUAAUUAUUCAGGCCCACCAUGUUACCAAAAUCAACAGACAAAUUCUUCUCAAUUUUCCAGUCCACUCUCCUCAGUAAUCAGCGCGGCUCAAAACAUACUCAAUUCAUUAUAACUGCAGAAAAAAAGCACAAGCAAUGCCACUCCUCAUGUCGUCUUUUUCUUCCCCUUUCUCUCUCUAGACCCCUUUUUUCUUUUUUGCCUUUUUUUGCUAAAUUUUUCACAUUAGUUUUGCCACAUUUAGCGGGAAGGAACUCAAAAUUGCUCUUUCUUGCUGACCCAGUGUGUGUUCUUGAAUGCUGGUGCCAGAUUACACAUCCAGGAAAAUAAGAGAAGAAAAUAACAUUUAAAAUCAGUAAUGGAGAAAAGGCAGCUCGAUUUCAACGCACCCCUUCUCUCCGCAAGGCGAUACUCUUCCCCCCGAAACUCUUCCGAGCUCGCCCCUCGAAAACCCGUCGAAAAACGGGCCCCGCCCGUCUCCUCCCCACCCGACCCGGAACCCGAGGACAUUACCAAACCGGGCUCCGUCCCCUUCCAUUGGGAGCGAAGUCCGGGCCGGCCCAAAUACGAGCCCAAGGCCCGCUUUCCCACCACAACCACACCCAAACUCCCUCCGGGCCGAGUCAACUCGGGCGAGCUACCUAAACUCCCGGCCCAUAGGCUAUCCGGCCCGUCCAAAUUCAACUCCGGGCCCACCUGGCCGACCGAACAAACCAUCUUCAGCGACCACGCGAGACUCCUCGAGAAGCUCGACGAGAGCUUGAAGUGCAGAGACGACGAGUCGUCCGAGAAUUCCGAAACCGAGCACGACGAGGAGGAUGACACGUACUCCGAUGCGAUAAACGCUCUUUCGCUAAACGAGUCGUGUAGUGUGAGCGGCGUGAGUGGGUCCCAUGGGCCUUCCGGAACGUUCUCGGUCGACAAACAGACGCGGGAUUUCAUGAUGAGUCGAUUCUUGCCCGCCGCGAAAGCAGUCGUCGUACUCGAGACGCCUCAGUAUGUGGCGAAGAAGCCAUCGGUGGUGGGGCGUAAGGAUGAGGAAGUUGUUAAGGAGGUGAAGAAGAAUUUCGUGUCGGGGGAGAUUAUUACGAGGCCUCUCGUGAGGAAAUACGGGUCGGCCGAGAAUAUUAUCCCGUAUUAUGGGAGAUACGGUUUUGAUAAUGGCGAGAGUGAAGACGAUGAGGAAGAUGAGAAGAUCGGUCGUGUGCUGGUGAAGAAGCCGGGGAAGAAAUGGGGAAUUAUCCCCCGCAUAUGCAGCGUGAAGAGUUCGAUGUGUCUAUUGAACCCAUUGCCGGCGAUGAAGUCGAAGAGUCGUCCCCCGACUCCUACGUCCGGCGACGAGAGGAGGUUGAGGAGGAGUGCGGUUAGUGGGCCUCUCGACAAGAACGGCCGCCAGCUCACCCCUCCUCCGAGAAAGAAGUACCACUCGGGUCAACUCUCGAGAGACCUCCGUGGGCCCCACGACACCAACAACAUCACAAAUAAAUCGAGCAUUCACGACUCGUCUUACCCUCUCCUCUCUUCCCGAGACUCCCCUUUGAGACGCUACCGAAGUGGAAGCGUCUCCCCUUAUCGAAACGAGUCCCCGCGCUCCGCUUUUCGAGAAGGGUCCGGUUUUCUAGGCGUCCCAAAAGAAAUCGACCCCAAAAUAGCCUCUUCGCGCAAAAUGUUCAAUGCCCUUCGUGACGUGUCGAGGAACCAUGCGGUCGAGAAAACGGUGUACGUCGAUUCGGUUAAAAAAGUUGUCGAGAGAAGGGUCGGUUCGAAAUAUACGGAUUAUGAUGAGGUGAAAAUGGAUGUUACGUCGGUCAAGGCAUCGCCUCUGCAUCCGCCUCUGCCGAAAUCGCCGUCCGAGUCUUGGUUGUGGCGGACUUUGCCGUCGUUUGGACAGUCGAGAAGGAAUAGUGGUGAGCUGAAGGGCUCGUCGAGAGGUGGUGAUGAUGCGAAAUGGGAGAAUAUCGUCAAGAGCUCGAACUUGCGGCACGAUCAUCACGCGCGUCACUUGGAGGAGCUUAUACCUCAUGUGUCUUACAGACAAAGCAAAUCCUAGUAAACUGUCCAUCACUUAUUCAGAAAAACUUUGUUCAUUGGAAUGUCCGAUUUUUUGUCCAGUGACGGCUCGUGAGACCUUCCGGCGUUACUAACUUUACGUCUCCUUUUUUUCCCGUUUUUGUGGGAAAUAUACUGCGAGGAGAUGAGAUUUGAACUGCAAAGAUACAAUUUUUUUUUUUUUUCAAAGUUUUUGCCUUGUGUUUUUGCCAUUUGGUGCUGUAGUAAGGUUUAAAAGUUUGGCACUUAAGUGUGCAAACUGUGAAGGGUGAAAUUAUAUGGUGUGCAAAAUAUUUUUUGUUUGUGCUUCAUGCAUUUCUGUUGGGCCCUGGUUCUUAUUGGGCCGCAUGAAAAUGUUGGAAGUUUACAUAUUAUAUCUCAUUCGGGUACUCCUAUUGGGCUAUGUAACCUAUUUUAUGUAAUUUUUUUUUUUUUAAAAUAAAAUGUGUCACCUUUGAAUUUCUUUUCACAUAAGAAUAUGAUUAUGCGAUU